CGUCGCGUUCACCACCUGGUGGAACACGCACUGUGGGUGAAGCGAUAUCAACAAAGGAAGUAGGGACAGAUCUGUCGGCGUCUAAUCGCAGCCUGAUAGCUUAAUAUCGAGGGAUCAUCGAUCAAGAUCGUUCGACAAAAUUUCCGUGACACUCGCAAACACGCAAUAUGUUCAGUUUAAGUGAGAUUGGCGAGCAGUUGAAAGACGUGAGCCGAAAAUCGGUCGGAGUCUCAUUCGCCGGUCAGUCGCUCGUUUUGGACACCGCGAAUGACGCUCUCCAAGUGGUGGAAGCAAUUAAAGCAUGUCCGUGCUUGGAGUACUUGGAUCUGGAAGGAAACACAUUGGGUACGCCAGCCGCCGAAGUUAUAGCAGAGGCGUUGAAGGAGAAGGGAACACCGUUGAAGAGAGCUCUGUGGAAGGACAUGUUCACUGGCCGUUUGAAGACAGAAAUCCCGAAAGCGUUGGAGUAUCUAGGAACUGCGUUGUGCACUGCCGGUAGUCAGCUUACCGAACUUGACUUGAGCGACAAUGCCUUCGGUCCAAUCGGUAUUCAAGGGUUAGCAAAUCUGUUGGCGUCGAGCCCGUGCUAUACCCUUCAGCAGUUGAAAUUGAACAACAACGGUCUCGGUAUAUCAGGUGGAAAGAUGUUAGCCAAAGCAUUGGAGAAGUGUCAUGAGAAUAGUUCUAAAGAAGGCAUGCCGCUUGCGCUGAAAGUUUUCAUCGUCGGCAGAAAUCGGCUGGAGAACGAGGGCGCGCAAGCGUUGGCAUCUGUAUUUGAAAAGCUGAAAACACUGGAGGAGGUUGUAAUGCAACAGAACGGCAUAUAUCACGUAGGCAUCGCGGCGAUUGCGCAGGGUUUAUCCGCCAAUCCUAAUUUGCGAGUGUUAAAUUUGAACGACAAUACGAUCGGAUUGAAAGGAGCCAGAGCGAUCGCUAGAGUUUUACCAAUUUUCCGGGGUCUGGAGGAAUUAAACCUCGGAGAUUGUUUGAUAAAGACAAAAGGGACUUUAGUUUUAGCGGAGGCUUUGGAGAUUCACGGCAAUCAUACGUCCCUUAGAUAUCUGGAUUUAAGCAAUAACGAACUGCGCGCGGAUGCUGGAAAUGCCAUUGGUAGGGCCAUGCAUGACAAGGCUCUUUUGACAAAUCUACAGUUGGACGGUAAUUGCUUUGGAACGGAAGGACGCGAGAGCCUCCAACAGAUACUUACUAAAUUGGGAAGAAUUGAUGCAUUGAAUUCUUUGGAUGAGGAUUAUACCGAGGAUGAGGAGGAGGAAGACGAUAAUGAGGCUGAGCAGAGCGAGGAAGACGAGAGUGAUAAUGAGGACGAAACCAGUGACAAAGAUAAUAAGGAACAAGACAAUAUUGCACAAGGUACAGUGGUAACAGUAGCGGAAUUCGUGAAAUCACCAAUAGGUGAGAAACUGCUGCUACUGCAAGGCGAUAAUGUGCAAGCUUUUAUCGAUUAUGUAACGAAUUUGGCAAAUGAAAGUGAUGCAACAGAACAGAAGUAUAUAGAGGAACUCUUACGAAUAACUAUGAAGGUAUCGGCAUUGUGUGGCAGCGGCUACAUAAAUGUGAGAAUAAAAGCGGAAUCCUUGUCCGAUGCUCUAUAUGCAAAGCUGUUUUCUUACGCUGUAGAGACUGAUCAAAUAUCAAAUUUGAAUAAUGGAUUGCUAGUGAAUCUUGGUUUAAUAAAAAGCGAGGAUAAAACCAGUGGAAAAAUCGAUUGGAAUUUGGAGGGAUGUUUUAAGGCUUUGGAAAAAAUUACUCAGAGAGAUUAUUUCUUAGCGCAAACAAGGAGUAUGUUGAAGGUAUUUCUAGAGAAACCAAUGAAGACUAGUCGUGCAAAUGUAGUCGAUCCAUUUCAAGAUUCUAAAACUGCUCUCAAAGCUGUUCUAGACAUUAUUCAAGUUACGUAAAAUUUCGUGGUAUGUCUUAUAGUUAUUUAUUUUUAUACAUUGUAUGGAAAAUGAUAGAAAUUUCAUGUAAAAUUAGAAUUAAGAUACCAUCAUUAUAUAUGACUUUUACAAAAUAGUCGUUUAAGAUGAAUCUUGAUAAUUUUUAAAUUUUGUACUUUUAAUAUUAAAUUUGUUCAAUACAAACUUCUCUUUGCAAUCUUUGUCUCACAAUAAGAAGUUCUACUUCGUUUUAUUAAAUGACUAACAAUUACGAAUAAUGCGUAAUAAAUUAUAUCGAAAUAAAAAA